ACCAUGUCCUUCGACGCUACCAAGCACAGCAUCACUGCUGAGCAAGUGACCCUCUCUGACAUCCGCUGCCGAGUCCUGCAAUCUCGCAUGACUUCUCUUGCACACACCAGCCCCUCACUUUCGGUGCGGCUCACCUUCAGACCACCCGACUGAGCUAGAGGCAAGAUGGCUGCCGGCAUACUCCGCUUGCCGACGGAGCUCUUGUUGCGCAUCGCAACAGAAGCUGGCGUGUCAGCGUCGUGUGCCCUAGAAGCUACAAGUCGAGAUCUGCUUGCAGUUCUAAGACUGCACGAGGACUAUGUCUGGCGCAUACAUGCCAUCGAGCUUACCCGAGAGCUGGGAGACCCUGGAAGCACGAGCAAUGCCAAGUCGAGCACUUGGCGCAUUAAUGAAGUCGACAGCCUGGAUCAGCUGGUCAAGAUGCGUGAGACUCAUGAUCUCUCCACAUGGUCAAUCGUUCGCUCAUGGAGGCAAUAUGCCCAAGUACACAUCGCCACGGAACGCAAUUGGUUGACCGGUGAGCCUCGCGUGAAAACAACGCUGCUACCAACGGAUCCUCCCGGCCCACCUUCCCCUAUCAAUUGCCAUCUUUGGCGCUUCAGGCCUGACUUUGAGGAGCGCUACGUCAUCUCCACGAGCAUAACUCUUCCUGGCCAUCAUUUGGCGGGCGCGAUCACUAUCGUGGACCUGGACACAGGGGUGCUGCUAUCGUCGGUCGAGACGCAUUUUCCGUACCAGCACCUGGAGUACGAUGCUCGUGGGAAGGCCUUUGUUGUUAGUACUGGAGGCGAUGGCUUGCAAGUAUGGCGACGCACGCAACCCGGUGGUACGGAUGCAACAGGAGCAUUUCAGACACCAGCUCCUCAUCGUUUUGGCCUCUCACCAAACUCUGGAUUAGUCACGGAAGUUGGGCCGAAAUGUCCAUCUGACCGACAAAUCUGCUUUCAGCGCACUGACAUUCUGCCGCACGACAAGCGCGUUAGAGGAUUUCAUCUCAGAUGGCCUAUCCUAUGCGUCGUGUCGGAUGAAGGCAUAGGAUGGAUCUGGAACUUGGAAGAAAAGGCAUGCUUACUGAAAACGCUCAAGAUCGCUGAGAAUGCUGUGGGUCACCUCGAGCAGGAUGACGAGGUGGUAAUGUAUGCCAUGAAUCACGGCUACGAUGUCCAUGUCAAAGACACUGGCGCCCUACUGGGGACGCUUGACGGAAAGAAGCUGGCUCAAGAGGGCGCAAAAAUGUAUUCUUUGAGGCAUACGGCAACGGCAAGGGACAGCUUUGAUCCGUCCCCAUCCGCUCGCGAAUUUGUGCAAAACCAUCCGUGGUGCAUCGCAGACCAACACACAUCUCUCAAACUCGAACAUGGCAACCUCUAUCCAAGUGAGGACUUUGGAAGUCACGAAUGGCGUGCUGGUAUGAUCCGUGGCAGCACGAUUGUCGGUAUCAGUAUGGGUCAGGAAUUGCUCAUUUGCUCCGACUGGGAAGCCUAUUUCAGCGGUGGCAAGCGGGCGAAGGAGUGCGUUGCACUCAUUCAGUGCACUCGACCAUCUGGCGAAGAUGAUCCAGAUCCAGACCGAUGGUUGACGGCGGCGCACGGUCGUGCGGCCUGGUCCAGCAUGGGCUCGACAUAUAUUCUUCCACUGCCAAAGAGGGGCAGACUACUGUCGGCUGGUCCGGACAGUCGCUCAGUGCACUGCUUUCCCAACACUAUGCCACACAGUCGUAAUACUAUGAUGAUGAGCUGCAUGCAUCUUACUAGCGAUGGCUUGCUUUCUAAGUUCAUGACCCACUGGAUGUGGCGAGGGAGGAGGGGGGCCGCGGAUGAGGAAGAGCACCCGUCUUUGUUCGACCGGACAGGCAUAAGGUCCAUCAGCUUUGGACGCGCCGUCGAGACUCGCGACUCGAGUCACAACAGCGAUCGCAGCGCGAGCACGGAAGGAGCAAGUGAAGGCAUGGAUCGGAGCGCUUUCGAGGGUUGGCACGACAGCAAGCAGUACACUUCGCCGACGCUACGUGGAGACAAUUCGGUGUGAUAUAGCCGCAGCGGUCUUCGCGACCAGCCUUAUGGACGGCGAGGAACCAGACACGCCGCAUCUGCUCAGCGUGCUGGACAGAAAUUCCUCCCACAGCUGUCGGACGCUACCAUGUAUGCCCUUUUACCAAUCGAGAUAGCGAUGCUCCAUCUGGCAUCCAGGCGCCAGCUGUGGCCUCAUAGCGGAUGAGCGAUGCAUUGCCUCGUAUAUAUUUGCAGCAUCUCGGACA